AUAUAAUACAGGGAGGUGGCACUGCCAAAAUCGUCAAUAAAUGAAUGACCACACAGAUGUCAAUGUUGACAAGACCCAGGACUGCCGCACCAGCGGCGAUGGGAUGGAACAACAAACCGAUGGAACAAGUUCUGAUGUGGUCAAGCGACCGCAACUAUCACGGAAAGACAGCACAGUUAUCCAGGAGGCGGCGAUUACAAGGAGAACAUCCUCAAGCAGUGGCCAUGCCUCCCAUCUACCGCUGCCGGGCCUCCAUACGCUCUACAGACGCCCCGAAGUUGUUACCCGAAGCCUGGCCCCGGCCCUGCCCAAGGGAGAGCUGGUGCAGCUGAAGCCGCGGCUUGUGCAACCGCAUCACGAACCACUGCCGGAACACAAAAAGACUAAACCUCCAAAAUUCGUUCCCUUUGAGCCAUAUCCAGGAGCUGUAAAUCCCAUGACUGCUGCACCAUCGACCAAACAUAAAAUUCAUCGCGACAAAAAUAACCUUGACAUCGGUGUACUCGUGGAUCAAGUGUCCACACUGCGCACCCAAGAACUGGACCCUGAACCCAAGGAGAGCGACAAUAAAGAUGGUAGCAACGGCAAGUUGGAUAUCCUGAAGGAGCAGCUCUCGAAAAUGAGGGAGGAACGUGACUACUUCCAGGCCCAAUACAAAUUUCAAACGCAGGUCAAUAGCGAGCUAAAGAACCUGCUGGUGGCGUCAGUGGGUGAGGAUCUGCAGACUCGCGUCAAUCUGCUGACCGAAGACAAGUUGCAGCUGGCUCGAGCCCUGCUGGAUACUGCCAACAAUCUGACGACGCAUACCGAACAAAUUGAGUUUCUUGCGGGACAAUGCGAGGUGUGGAGAUCCAAGUUCCUGGCGAGCAGUGUCAUGGUCGAGGAGCUGGCACGUUGGAAGGCCGAUCUCACGCAGAAAAACCAGAUGCUGAACGAGUCCACCAAGCAAUUGCUGCAUGCCACGCACCAGAUACGCGAGAUCCAGCUGGAUAUGCUGAAGCAACUAAAGUUUUUGGCCAAAAUUCGUUACCUCAAUCUGCCCGCCACCGAUGUGAUUAGCUUGAGUGCCGAGAAUCUGAACAUACUACAGCGAAUGGUGCUCCACACGGGAGUGGGCAUUCCGGAGGAGACUCUCAAGCUGUCCAGCGCCAGCACGAGUCCGCUCUGUGAGGCGGAAAAGUAUGCAGUUCGGGCUCUGGAGUUCAUUAGUCAGCCCCUGAUGGCUACAGACGAGGCCAUACGCGCCCUGUUCGACCAAGCACAGCGACCCCACUAUGUGCAAUCAGUUUCUGCGGAGGCUCCUACCGACAGUCCUCAGUUGGACUUAAAGCAAUAAUAUGUUAGUGAAUCGUAAGAAAAUAAUGUGAAAUCUGUUUAGUUAUAUUCAAUUUUAUAUACAAUACAAUCAACAAUCAUUAAAA